UUUUAUGUGAAAAUGAAACUUUUAAUAGAAAAAUUUGAAAUUUUAUUAAAACUGAAAAGAUUUCCAAAUCGUAAAUUUUUCAGCUCCCUCAACUCAACUAAUACCGUGAAUAAACCUGAGGAUAAUAAAGUGUUAAGAUCAAUUUCAGGCAAAUUGAGUUUAAUUUCUGAGGAUUCCACUGGAAAUUUUUAUUCAAAUAUUGUAAAUAACUCCUUAUCAUUACAAAAUACUUCCAAUUUCCAAAUUUUACUCGAAAACUCCUCUAUUCCUUCCCUAAAAUUAGAUAAAAAUCAUAAUAUUCCUUCUCAAAAUGAUCUUCAAAAUUACAAUUUUGACUCUCAUGAACUAGAUAAAAAGAAUAAUUCUCAACCUGUCCCACUAGAGGAAAAUAUUGAUGUUGAAACUUUUAAGGGUUAUUUAUUAAUACCACCAAUUGGUAUUAAAAGUUAUUUCACCUCAAGGCCUGAAAAAGUUUAUUUUGGAGCUGAUAUUCUAUUUAAGGAAUAUGUUCCUGGCUCGCUUUUAGCUCAUAAUUACCCCUUUAAAACUCUUCCUCUGCAAUACUCCAGACGGAUUAACUCUGAUAUUUACGUUAACACUUAUACUGCUGAUGAGAGGAACUUUAAAGUUGUCGGAGGUAGAAGAGUAAAAUUGAGUCUAAAUCCUGGCCUCAAAGUACAAAAUUCCUAUCCCUUACUUCAUAAAGUUUCCGGUAAGAUUACUCUUUUAUUCGUUUUUUCCGGUGAUUUACCCAAUUCUCAGUAUAAAUCUAUCCAAAAUUGGUUCAACCAAUUAAAUCUCCACAAUCAUAACAUCAAUAUUAUCACGCUAUUAAACUCAAGACAAAAUAUGUUACUGACUCGAGUGUAUAAGAGAUAUUUGGAGACUCUUGCUAGGAUAAUAGUUGAGGAAACCACUUUCAUGUCAGUGGUUGGGAAAUUAAACACUGAGUCUAUCAUAAGUUUGCACCAAUAUAGACCACAACUGCCUUCAGUGCUCUUAAUUGACUCUAAAGGAUAUAUUCGAUGGCAUUGUGUAGGAUUACCAACCAGUGAAGCCAUUACUAUACUUCACAACUCAAUACAAGAUUUAACCAAAUAAUCUAUUUCACAUUAUA